AAUCCUGACAGUAGUGCCUUUGACUUUGGUCCGUUUACUGGUCUUUUUAGUGUUUCCGUAACGAAAAUGAAGUGCCACUGCCACGUAAAGACGAUUAUAUGUACAACUAUGUGAUGGCCCUUUUCAAAAAGCAGCAAAACCCCACACUCGAUGUCAAUUCGCACUCAUCUUUGAUUGGUUUGCUAACCAAGACCAUUAAGAGAAAGUUAUAUAAAUCUGAAUUUAAGUUUUCAACAAGAGUUGUAUGUACGUUUAUGGUGUCUUCUGUUGCUGUGUACAUGCUCACAGUUAAUCUUCUUGGAAUUGCUUCGAUAUUACUGGAAACAAAACUCGAGCCGUGGAUCGAUUCAAGCAACCUCAAUCGAACUUUUGGUCAAUCCUUUGUCAUUGAAGCUCGCAAGCAAGUUAGAAUAUGGACAUUUUGUUGCUAUGUUUCAAUCAUGGUGUCGACAAUAAAGACAUACAUUGUUUUUUUAAACAUGCUUAGCUGGUACAGGCGUCAUCUGAUGAAGCUUCAUGUUGGCGAUCGGUCUUGGCUGCCAGAGUCAAUUAAAAGGCUAAAUGACUCACCAGCAAGUCUCACGGAUGCAAGUAUGAAAUAUGCUGGUUAUCAAGUUGCCUACGUUGCUUGGGGUUACUGGAUAUUUUCAAUCGUUUUUUGGCUUCUUCUUGGAUUGACAUCUUCGCUAAUUUUCUAUCCACUGUUUCAUGGAACAUCUUCAGUCCUGAUACAAGCAUUCUACAAAGUAUGGCCUGCAUUGCUUAUUACAGUUUGCAUUUUCCUUGCGGAAAGGAUCACGGCAAGAUACUGUUUUCUGUUCAAAAAGGGUAAAAUCAUAGCAAUAACAAACAGGAAAGUGUUUAAUAUCGUGUCGUAUUACUUGUUCUUCUUCAACAUAUUUCUCGGCUUCCUGUCAUGCUUGCUCCGCAUUUUGAAAAGUGUUGUUGUUGGAGUAAUGUUCCUUGAAAGGGUCCAGAAAAGUAUACUUCCAAGUUCCUUUGAAGUUAUCGAUCCAGGUUAUUAUGCCUAUAUAGGCUGCAUACACAUUGAGCAUACACUUGCCAACCCUGUUUUGAGAGUAUUCUUGGAUAUUUUGAAUGAAUCGGUUGACUGCAAGACGUCAUCCAAUGCAGAAAAUAUCGGAAAUUUUCGCUCCAACAGCAGCCAGUCAUUAUUAGGGGACAAUGAAUGUGGCAUUGCAUUGGAGACAGAAAGGUAUCGGAUUAUACGGAACAAAUGGAAUCUUGCAUACACCUUGAUAAAAAAUCCGUCGUUGCUACAGUUCAGAAAAAACAAAACGAAUAAGCGACCCAGUGUCGAGUCAGAGUACAGAGGCUCGGUGUCUUGUUGAGUGCAAGCACAAAUAGACAGUGCAGUUUAUUGCUAGUUGCUGAGGUUUCCUCGGAAGUGCAGAAAGUUACUCGGAAGGGUAGAAGUUAUCAUGCAUUGAAUGGGAGGAGGGACAUGUUACAUUAAUAUCCGAUGAAGAAUGAAUUUCAUUUCUGAGUUUUUUUACCUUGACUAAAUAAUGUUUUGUUUACUGGCUGUGAUGUAAAUAAUGAGCAUAAUUAGGAUGAGCGAUCACUCCAAAUGAACUUUAGUAAAUGCUGCAACAUAGUGUAUUGACGUGCGGGUGUUGGCAACCAAGAACCGUGUCAAAAAUCGUUAUUCUCUUCACAUUUACUGUAUCAAAAUCACAAACAAAUUAUAGGGUCCGAAUUUAAUCCAAGGGUAUAUGCUUAUGGCGUCUACAAUCAGCCAUCCUAUUACAGGCUUAUAUCAAGUAUACAUUUUUUUAUCACAUAUCUGUAAUUGAUUGUACAUGAUGUAUUUUUAAACGGAGAAAUUUAUUUUUAUUUGUUUUAAAAAGAAGAGCUAUAGAAAUUUUUAUACGUAUGUGAUAUAUGUUGUGAUAAAUGAUUUUAUUGUUGAUUUUAGUAUUCCGAAAUAGAGCAUUA